GUCUCCGCCGGGGGGCGAGUCCACGCAUCAACCGGGGCGCCUAACAAACAUGGCGACACGGCAGGCGUUGAGGGUGCGAGUCCCGGUAGUGCUAACGCUGUAUUUCAUACUGAAUAUAAUUCCCGGGUCCUUUACUGAGACGCUACACCUGCACAGAGAUCUGCGCUUAUCCCUGCCGCAGGAGAAGGGUUUUGCCCGGGUGAACGCGGAGAGUGGGCACCUCGGAGCCGGGAGCGGGGGCUGGACCCGAGCUGUGCGGGGAGACCGUGAGCGCAGAGCGGAGUCGAGGCAGCAGCCGCACCGCAGCCGGAGGAGCGCCGCGGAACCGCAGCUGAUAAAGGUGUACGGGGAGGCCAAUCUGAAUGACUCCCACAAUCAGAUGGUGGUCCACUGGGCUGGGGAGAGGAGCAAAGUCAUCGUGGCGCUUGCCAGGGACAGCGUUGGAGCGCCGGGGGCAAAGCGAAGCUCGGUGUACGUCUCUUACGACUAUGGAACGAAAUUCGAACAAAUAUCGGACAAAUUUCAGCUCCCAAAAGACUCCGGUGGUCAGCAGGCUAUCGCUCAGUUCUACCACAGCCCGGCAGACAACAAGCGGUACAUCUUUGCAGACCCCAGCAACUCCUUCCUCUGGAUCACUUUUGACUUCUGUGAAACUAUCCAGGCAAUCCCUGUGCCCUUCAAAGCCACCGACCUGCUGCUUCACAGCAAGGAGCCUGACCUGGUCCUGGGCUACGACGGCUCCAGCUCUGACAAGCAGUUGUGGAAGUCCGAUAAUUUUGGCCAGACUUGGGUGAUGAUCCAGGAGCACGUGAAAUCGUACUUUUGGGGAGUGGAGCCAUAUGACAGCUCCACCACUGUGUUUGUGGAACGACAUGAGCCCACAGGCUCCUCCAGCAUCCUGACCAGCACUGACUUCUUUCAGAGCGAGGAGAACCGCCACCUGCUCCUGGAGAGAGUGGACAGCUUCCAGCUGCGGGACAAGUACAUGUUCGCCACCAAGACUGUGCCGCUCCUGGGGAGCCAGCAGCAGUCCUCUGUGCAGCUCUGGGUCUCCUACAACCGCAAGCCCAUGAGAGCAGCCCAGUUCAUGACCAGGCACCCCAUCACUGAAUAUUACAUUGCAGACGCCUCCGAGGACCAGGUGUUCGUGUGCGUGAACCACAACAACAGCGUGACCCACCUGUACAUCUCGGACGCCGAGGGGCUGUCCUUCUCCCUGUCCCUGGAGAACAUGCUGUACUACAGCCCAGCCGGGUCUGGCAGUGACACCCUUGUGAGGUAUUUUGCGAACGAGCCCUUCGCUGACCUGCACCGCGUGGAGGGGCUGAGGGGCGUGUUCAUCGCCACGCUGAUAAAUGGCUCCUUCACAGAGGAAAGCAUGCGCUCCGUCAUCACCUUCGACAAGGGGGGCACUUGGGAGCUCCUGCAGCCCCCUGCCUACGACAGCCUGGGGGGCACAGUCAACUGUGAGCUCUCCGAAGGCUGCUCUCUGCACCUCGCCCAGCGCUGGAGUCAACUCCUCAACAUCCAGCUUCGCAGAGUGCCCAUCCUGUCCAAGGAGUCAGCGCCUGGCCUCAUCCUGGCCACAGGUUCUGUGGGGAGAAACCUGGCAAACAAACCUAACGUUUACAUCUCGAGCAGCGCCGGAGCCCGCUGGAGGGAGGCUUUAGAAGGUCCUCACUACUACAGCUGGGGAGACCACGGGGGCAUCUUGGUGGCCAUCGCUCAGGGAGGACCCACCAAACAACUCAAGUACAGCACCAAUGAAGGGGAGACAUGGACGAGCUUCACUUUCACUGAUAAGAACGUGUAUGUGUACGGCCUGCUGACCGAGCCGGGAGAGAAGAGCACAGUCUUCACCAUCUUCGGUUCCUACGCGGACCAGGGGCACAGCUGGCUCCUCCUGCAGCUCAACACCUCCGACGCACUAGGAGUGCCGUGCACGGAGAACGAUUACAAGACCUGGUCCCCUUCCGACGAGCACGGCAAUGACUGUCUGCUGGGGCGCAAGGCUGUGUUCAAGAGGAGAACCGCUCACGCCACCUGCUUUAACGGAGAGGACUUCGACCGGCCAAUCACUGUCAGCAACUGCUCCUGCACGCGGCAGGACUACGAAUGUGAUUAUGGCUUCAAGCUGAGCGAGGACCUGUUCAUGGAGGUGUGUAUCCCAGAUCCAGAGUUCACAGGGAAGCUGUACGCCCCGCCCGUGCCCUGCCCUGUGGGCUCCACAUACCGGAGGAGCACAGGGUAUCGCAAGGUCUCGGGAGACACCUGCAGUGGAGGAGAUGUGGAGCUGCGCCUGGAUGGACAGACGCUGCCCUGUCCUGUGGGAGAGGCGAAUGAGUUCAUUUUGUAUGCCCUGCGCAACGCGAUUCACCGCUAUGACCUGUCCACCGGGGCUGACGAGACCCUGCCUCUAACAGGCUUACGCAGCGCUGUUGCCCUCGACUUCGACUUCCAGCGCAACUGCUUGUACUGGGCUGACAUCGCGCUGGACACCAUACAGCGCUUGUGUCUCAACGGAACCAGUGGUCAGGAGGUGAUUGUCCGUAGUGACCUGCAGAAUGUGGAGGCUCUGGCCUUCGACCCGGUCAGCCAGCUGCUCUACUGGGUGGAUGCUGAAGCCCAGAAAAUCGAGGUAUCUAAUCCAGAUGGGGACUUCCGCCAUACACUGCUGAACUCCACAGUACUGGAGCACCCCAGGGCUCUGGUGCUAAUACCUGGGCAAAGUCUGAUGUUCUGGACAGACUGGGGGGACAGCGCGGCUGGGAUCUACCGCAGUGCUAUGGACGGCUCCAGUGUCUCCCGCAUCGUGUCCGACGGGGUCAGGUGGCCGAACGGGAUCACCGUGGAUGAGCGCUGGAUCUACUGGACCGAGGCCUUCGGGGACCGGAUUGAACGAGCCGACUUCAGCGGGGGGCAGAGGACCGUGCUGCAGCAGGACCUGCCACACCCCUAUGCCAUCGCAGUGUUCAAGAACGAGAUCUACUGGGAUGACUGGUCCCGAAUGGGUAUUUUCAAGGCAUUGAAGACCGUCUCCUCGGGCAGCGAACUGCUGGUCGGGAGAUUGACCGGAGUCAUGGACUUGAAAAUCUUCUACAAAGGCAAAAUAGAAGGCCACAACUCAUGUGCUCACAAUCCCUGCAGACUGUUGUGUCUGCCCAGACCCGACCACGGACAUGUGUGUGUGUGUCCGGAGGGAGUGACCAGCACCACGCUGCCCUCCGGCGAUCUGCAGUGCGACUGUCCCGCUGGCUACCAGCUCCAAAACCACACCUGCGUCAAACGAGAAAGCACCUGCUUGCCGAAUCAGUACCGCUGCUCCAAUGGGAACUGCAUCAGCAGCAUCUGGCAGUGCGACAGCGACAACGACUGUGGAGACAUGAGUGAUGAACAGGAGUGCCCCACCACCGUGUGUGACCCCGAAGUUCAGUUCCGCUGUGUGGUCUCAGGCUCUUGCAUCCCCCUGGCCUUCAAAUGCGAUCGUGAGGAUGACUGCGGGGACAACAGCGACGAAGAACACUGCAAUGAUCACAAGUGUGGGGAGAACGAGUUCACUUGUGCCUCAGGGGUGUGUAUCCGAUUAGCGUGGAGUUGCGACGGAGACAACGACUGCAGGGAUUGGUCAGACGAAGCCAACUGCACAGUCGGUCAUCGCACGUGCGAGGCGUCCAGUUUCCUGUGCUUGACGGGUCAUUGUAUCCCACAGCGCUGGGUGUGUGACGGGGAUGACGACUGUCGGGACGGCUCGGACGAGGACAAAAAACAGUGUGAUACCAGGGGAAGCUGUAAUGGGUUCCAGUGCAGCAACCAGACCUGCAUCUCAGCCAGCAAGCACUGCAACGGGGUCAGCGACUGUCCAGAGGGGGAGGACGAGAAACACUGUGACCCCCUGUGCACGAGGUACAUGGACUUUGUGUGCAAGAAUCGCCGGCAGUGUCUGUUCCAGUCCAUGGUGUGUGACGGGGUUCGGCAGUGUGAAGAUGGAUCCGAUGAGGACUCUGCCUAUGCUGGCUGCUCCACCCGGCCGGAGUUUGAGAAGACGUGCGACUCGUCCAGUUUCCAGUGUCUCAACGGGAUGUGCGUCAGCAUGGAGUGGAAGUGUGAUGGCAUGGAUGACUGUGGAGAUUACUCUGAUGAAGCCAACUGUGAGACCCCGACGGAGGUGUCUGGCUGCUCUCUGUACUUCCAGUUCCAGUGCAAGAACGGGCGCUGCAUCCCGUCCUGGUGGAAGUGCGACAGGGAGAAUGACUGCGGAGACUGGUCUGAUGAGGCAGAGUGUGGAGAUUCGGGGCUGAUCCCCCACACAACCAGCCGCCCCACCACCUGCCCCCCUAAUCGAUUCCUCUGUAAUUCGGGGGCCUGCAUCAUCAACAGCUGGGUGUGUGACCGCUAUGCAGACUGUCCAGACGGGGCAGACGAGGAGGGCUGUCCCACUGGUGUAAACGUGACCACCACUCCCUCCCCAACGAGGCCCCCGGGAGGCUGCAGGCAGGGGGAGUUCCAGUGCCAGCGGGACAGACACUGCAUCCAGUACUGGAAGCGCUGCGACGGACACACGGACUGCCAGGACGCGUCGGAUGAGGCCAGCUGCCCGACGCACAGCCCCCUGCCCUGUGUGAACGGGACUCUGUGUGAGGACAGGGAGACCUGCAUCCUGCAGAACGAGCGCUGUGACGGUUACCUCGACUGCUCGGAUGGAAGCGACGAGCGCAACUGCACAGACGCUACCCUUGUGUACAAGGUUCAGAAUUUGAAGUGGACGGCAGAUUUCUCCGGCAAUGUUAGCCUGACCUGGUCUCGCCCAAAGAACCUGCCCCGAUCCAUGUACACCUAUGUGGUGCACUACAGGUUAGUGGGUCAGAGUGCUUGGAACGUGCUGGAAACCCACAGCAAUAAAAGCAGCUAUGUGCUGAGGGUGCUGAAGCCAGACUCGUCAUACCAGGUGAAAGUGAUGGUGAAGAGCAUUAAUAAAAUGUACAACAGCAAUGACGUGAUCACCCUCCGAACACCAGAGGGAAUUCCAGACCCCCCUCAGAAACUGCAGCUGACCUGUGAUGCUGAAGAGAGCACGAGCAUCAUUGUGAGCUGGCAGCCUCCUGUCUGCACCCACGGGCUGGUCCGAGAGUACAUCGUUGAGUACAGUGUGAAGGACAGCAACGAGUGGACAUCCCAGAGGAGCCCGAACACCAACCACACGGAGAUCAGAAACCUGCAGCUGAACGAGCUGUACAGCGUGCGAGUGGCUGCCGUGACCAGCAGGGGCAUCGGAAACUGGAGCGAAUCCAAAUCAAUCAUGGCCAAAAAUUGCAAAGCACUCCCCUGUCCAAGGGUGUACAUCAACAGCACCACAGAAAAUUCAGUCACCUUGAGUAUAAAGCUGGACUCCAAAAUACAGGUGGAGCAGUAUGUGGUGGAUGUCUCUUGGGUGUUCGAUGCACAUGUCAGAGAGAACAGAACUCUAACGGUCGAGCCCCAAACAAUUUCACUAUCAGUGAAGAAUUUGACCCCAGGAACAGUCUACGAGGUUGCUGUAUGGGCUAUAACCAGGCUGGGUGACAGCCCCACCUCCUUCACCCGAGUGCAGACCACGAAUCAGCAACCGUCCCGUCCGCUGCUCAAAGCCAGGGCUGUCAACCAGAGCGCCGUGGACUGCAGCUGGACCGGCCCUGAGGACGUGGUUUAUGGUGUCUUCUUUGCUACUUCCUUCUUUGAACUGUAUAAAAAUCCAAAGACCAAAUCUACGUCUUCCCACAACCUCACAGUGACUGUGGAGAGCGACGAGCAGCUCCUCUUUCUGGUGCGUGUGAUCCACCCCUACCUGGGGCCCCCCUCAGAAUACGUGGUGGUGAAGAUGAUUCCCAACAACAGGCUGCCCCCCCGCCAUCUUCACUGGGUCAGUGUGGGGAAGAGCCAGGCCGUGCUGAAGUGGCAGCCCCCAUACGACUAUCCCAACCAGAGCCUGACCUACGCUGUUCAGGUGAGGGACACCAUCAGGAUGCAGGAGCGCAGCUACAAGGUGACUACGAGCAACAACACAGUGGAGUACUGUGUGAAAUCACUGGAGCCAGGAGGCAGGUACAGCAUCUCUGUACGCCUGUCAAACAUGAGCAAAGAGGCCAGCGUCAUCCUCAAUGCAGUCCCACUCUCGGCACCAGAAUCUCUGAAGAUCAUUUCAGAAAACGACCACAUCUUUCUCUUCUGGAAGAGCUUAGCUGUGAAGGAGAAGAGCUUC